AUGUCUGGCGCUCAGAAUGACGAAGCCCAAAUCCCGACCAUCCCGGAGAUAAAAUUAGUCCCGGAUGAUUCAGGGUCUCCGGCCUCCAUCGGCCAUGCCUCGGCACCCGGCGAGGGUCCCCAGAGUCACAAGCCUGCCGAGAUGGACCCCAAAGAAACACGCAAAUCGCAGAACAAGCGGGCCAGCCGUGCCUGUCUGGCCUGUCGCCAGCGCCGCGUCCGUUGUAACGUGGUGGAGGAGUCCCCGUGCUCCAACUGCCGCUUUCGAGGUGUGGAGUGCGUUGUGAAAAAGAGGACCCAGAAGAAAGCUCGAGACGAAACGGACAAGACGACCACUACUGAGGAUGCUGGCUCACCGUCCUCGAGUAUCUGCUCCAAGUCCGAUGUACAAUGGACACCGUCCAUUCGCCUCGGCGGAGUGGAGAGUUACGCAAAGGAGAUCGAUAUAGCCACGCUCCUGCCCGAAGAUGGUGUCUUCAGUUACGGCCUUGACGAUGUGGCUAAACCUGCUAUCAAGCCAUCCCGGCCUAAAGGUGCUACCUCCUCCUCUGAUCCCAUCAAGCUACCUGCUUUCAUCCGACCCUUGUCGAGACGUAUUAGCCCUGAAGAUCUUGAGUACCUUGAACAAAAGAAAGUGUUCGACGUGCCGAGUCAGUCUCUGAUGAACAGUCUGCUACACUCUUUUGUCGAAUUUGUCUACCCUUACAUGCCUAUCAUCGAUCCGGGUGAUCUCAUCGACACGACCUUCCAGCUCAAGACUGAAAAGAUCAGUCUACUUCUGUUCCAAGCCGUCAUGUUCGCCGGCGCCGCCUACGUCGACCUUGGCCUUCUCCGGAGUGCUGGAUUUGAAACACGCAAAGAUGCGAGGAGAGUCUUAUUCCGCAGGACCAGGCUUCUGUACGAUUUCGACUGCGAGAGUGAACCUCUAGUUCAGCUACAGGCGCUUCUGCUCAUGACUUAUUGGCAUGACGGCCUCGACGAUGAAAAGGACCUCUCGCACUGGAUCGGUCUCGCGGUCAGCCUGGCCCGUGGUAUGGACCUCCACUACCAGCCCACACCUGCUAGCACUCCGGAUCAACUCCUUCGCAAGCGGAUAUGGUGGUCAUGCUAUAUCAGAGACCGGCAAAUAGCCCUCGGCCUUCGAAGACCCCCCAAGAUCAAAGAGGGCACGUUCGAGGUGCCCAUGCUCGAGGAGAGCGAUUUCGACGUUGAGAUAUCGACCACCUCUAUCAUGAUCAUGGAGGACGAAAGUUCAUCGUUGCUCGACUCUGAGAUGCGCCGAGAUCUGGCCAACAUGUGCAUCGCCAUGGCCAAGCUGUGCGUGUGCGUGGGUCACAUUCUGGAGACGAUAUACACUCCCCAGUUCCGAUCCUCGACCGCGCCUGGAGCGAAUGGGGUGCUGCUGUAUCCAAAUCCGAAGGCCACCUCUGCCACUGUCGAGACGCUCGACAUCGAGCUCGACGAAUGGAUUCAGUCUCUGCCCCCUUGCUGCCGAGGGCACACUUCCGUCCUGACAGAUGUGAAGCGCGGGAGGUCCAAUAUCGCAGUCCAGCGAACACUGCUGUUCAUGAUAUACUAUACGUCUAUCUCAACGCUCCAUCGGCCGCAAUGCCAGUCCCCAAACAACUCGCUGGCGGCGCGGUCAGGAAACCGCGAGCGCUCCAGGUUGAAGGUCCUCGACGCAGCGAUACACAUCGCCGACAUGGCCACGGAGCUGCACCACUUGAGCCUGAAGAGGUUUCUCCCGCCAGCCGGUGUCACCGCGAUAUUGCCGGCCAUGAUCAUUCAUCUCAUCGAGAUGAAGAACCCGGCCCCCGGCGCUAGGGCGCUGGCUGGGAAGUACUUUCGCGAAUGCAUGAACGUGCUUAUCGACUUGCAAGGCACCUACAAUGCUGGCGACGAUGCCUUUGCGAUCCUCCGGGCUGCGCUCGGUGAACCGUCGUCUUACACGGGACCGCAGCCGGUCGCAGGCAGCGCAAGUGCUUCCGGAAGUCUUACCUCGCCGCAAGCCUCUGCUGGUGGUGAUUUAACAUCCGAUGGGUUGUCACCCUUGGCCGGUACGCCGUCAUCAGCAGUCAUCAACAAUAAUGCCGCAUCGUCUCCAGUCGCUCAGCAGGAUCGCCCAACGCCUUUAUGUGGCGAUGCGAUGUUGGACUUUGCAUUGGAUGAUCAAUUCAUCAACGACGCGAUGCAUGAAUUCCUCCAAUACGACGAUGACAGCCACGGAUUGGACCACGCAGGGGUAGACGAAGAAAUGGACAUGGAUGAGAUUUUGUGA